AUGAGCCAAUACACUUCAAGUGGCCGUAGGCGACCGAUUACCCGAACGGAGGCCGAGGAAAGGGCACUCGACAAGAUUUCCAGAGAGGUUCGCAGUUGAAUUCACUGAAAAUUAGAGAAAAUGCUCAAAAAUGCAAAAGUCAUCGAAAUUCUUCUAAAAAUUCAAAUUUUCCCCAAAAAAUGUCAAAAAUUGCAGGCGGAAGCGCGAAUGAAGCUGAAAAGAGAGACCCGAGAACAGGCGCGCCAGGGACGUUACCAAUUGCUCGAGAAGAAGGUCGAAGAGGAUGCGGAGGCGUUCCGCCACGACACCGCCGUCAGUUUUAGGCCUAAAUUGGGAUUUUUGUGGAAAAAAAACCCGAAAUUGCAUGAUUUUUACCGUUGUUCACCUUUUUCUAACAAAGUGUGCCAUUUUUCAGUCGACAUCUAAUACGAACGGAGUGUCCGCUAAUCACACGCAGGAAAAGUUGCAUGUGAGUGAAAAACGAGGGAAAUUUGCACGGAAUUUGUGAAAAAUUCGGAGAAGAGCCCGUUCUCACGUAAAAAUUGCCAAAAACGCAGAUUUGGUCAGAGACUAAACUCGAAAAACAUGGACAAUUACCGUAGAAGGCCCAUUUUUGCAGGACAAAGUCAUCGAACUGCAGGACCGCGUUCAGCAAGUCAUGUUUUUGUACUCCCAGCUGGAUAACGAGAAAUCCACGUUGCUCUACGAGGUUUGUACUGGUUUUUGGGGCAAAAUUGGAGAAAUUAGUGAUAAAUCCAAGAAAUUUCAUGAUUUGAAAUCAUUUCUCAGAAAAUCCACGCAAAAAUGUAAGAAAACAAUCAUUCGCCUGUUUCUGAUGCAUUUCCUUCAGUGUUUUGCUAAAAAAGUCAAUUUUCAGGUGGAUUUGCUGAAAGACGACCUGGAAGAGAAAGACGCGUCUCUGAAUCUGUCCUCGCGCGAAUGCCGCGAGCUUACGAGUGAAGUGAAGGCGUUGCGACGGACGAUCGAGGCGUUGCAGAGCACUCAGCAGCAGCUCAAGCACGAAAUCGCACAGAGGGACGCUCUUAUUCAGGUUCGCAUCCUUUGUAACGAAAAAUUGCGAAAAGUUCGGAUGUUCCGUGAAAAUAUUCAAGAAAAAGUGAAAAUUACACGAUUUUUUCCGUCGAAAAUGAAGUGAAAUUGUGUCACACAUUUUGUGCAAAGAAUUUGCAGGAAAAUGGACUGUGCCUGGUCGAAGAAGAGCCCGAAGAGGACGGAUCCGAAUCCACGAACACCGCGUCCGGGGAAAUGUCAGUUUUACGAGCACUUUUGAAAAAGAAAACGUUAUUGGGGAGAACAGUACUGGGCAAGGAGAAAAAAGGACAAGAAGACGUGACUGGUGUGAAACUCUUGAACGGUCCCUGGCCCGGUCACGAAAACCGCACCGCCGGCUGUCUCCAACCCACUCGUUGGCCAAUCUCUCCCCGGGACCGUUCUCUUUUUUUUCUCCUCGGCCCUCUGCCUUCCCAAUGGCAACACGGUGAUUCUUUGCGAGGGUGUAGUGAGAAACGCGCCGCGAACUCGGCCACCAUUCAAAGAAGGGGCGUGGUCUUGCGCAAUUGCCGCACGCAAUUUUGCAAGUUUGGCGCGCGCGCUUUCUGUUUAGCCGCAAUUGUUUCCGACAGCAUUUUGAAGACGUUCUUACUGCUUUUCAGGAGUAUUACACAGCGCUGUUAUUGGUUUUUGCUGUUGGCAAUUUUUCUCUGUCGAUAACAAUUACUAAAAAAUAAUAAAGCUUCUAUAAACUGCGUUCUUUCAUGUUUGAGAUGAAAAAAUACAAAACUCAGCCGAAAACAAGCAUUAAUUGACAGAGAACAAGCGCUAAAAUAUGAAACAAGCGCGAAAUUCGUGAAAAAUUCCCCAUGGCCGAGUUUCUUCGGUUCGGCCUCCUGGCCUAACUUCUGGCGUGGCCUAAUAAUUUCUUGUUCAGCCGGGGGACUCGGCGGAAACCGUGGCCUAGUACCACGGCCUGCGACCCCGGGCCAAAUGGACUAGAAUUUUCCUCGUCACCCUCGCAAAGAAUCACCGUGGGCAAACGACUCGCGCGCACUCACUUUAAAGGCGCAACGCAUUUAUUCACUUUGUUUUGUCCAAUCGCUGCGAGACCCGUCUGAUCUACCGCGCGCACCACAUUGUGCCUUUUUGGAUACAUGUUUAGACCAGGUCUUUAAAACAUCCCUUUUGCCCAAUUUUGUGGAAAAUUGUGAAAAUUCGCUUUUUUACCGGGUUUUUCCUGCGGUUGGUCCCUGCGAACUCUGUCGGUGUCCGUUGAAAAUUCGUCAUCCUCUCCGCCACGAGAUUCCUCAUUUUCAUCAUUGUUUGACGAAGAAGAAGAAGAUGGAGAAGAAGGAGAACAAGACGUGGUUGUUGUCCUCCUCCGCCGCCCGUUUCGUUCAUUAAGCUUAAUCAAAUGUCUUUGCUCCUCCACGUCGUCUGAAUUCACUUCUGAAGAAGCAGGAGAAGAAGAAGGAGGAGGAGGCAAACAAUGUUGCAACUUUGAAAUAUUGAUGAAUCACGAGGCGAGCAAGUUGAGCAUCGAAGAAAUUCGUCUAAAAAUAGAAAGCAAAGUGAUGGGAAUCUGGCGGAGAGGUUAAUUGCAAAAGAAAGUGACGUGGAUGAACCAGUUUUGAGGAAAACCUUGGAAGUUGCAGAAAUUUCCGGGUUUUGACUGAAAAAACAAAGAGUUUGAGACGACAAUAGUUGCCGAACAUCGGAACACAGUCGGUCCCUUGUCUCCAUUUUCCGCCGGGAAACUCCCUCAUUUCGUACUUUUCCCUCCUCUUCACCGUCGUUUUUUUAGCGUUUCCGAAUCCAUUAGUAGCUCCCCGGGGAGGCGUUGAUUAAAUCGACGCGAAAAUUCGUCCGUCGCCCCGAAUUCCUUUGUCUUUUUCGUCGUUUCCAUUCCAAUUAGUGACGGUGACGGAGUUCUUCUCAAUUAAGAGCACCACAAAACGGAGAGAAUGUUUGUGCGCAACUCGAUUAGAAAUGAAUGGAUUACUGUAGAUUACGUCGUUUGGGAGGCAGAUUGGGUUACGGUAGAAGCUUCAGAAUCAUAAAGACAAAGUAUACGAUACAUUUAUCGAAAAACAAGAAGUUCAUCAUAGAAUUGCAGAAGAUCGGGUCCGUACCUGUUCAAACGCGAAACGAUUCGACUCGUGGACCGUGUCGUCCCAGGAGCCGCGAGUUUGGACGAAAAGAUUCAGAAGCUCAUCGAUACGGUACGUUUUCGGAGAAUUUCCUUGCAAAAUCUUGGAAGUUUAGAAUAAGAAAAUGCGAAAAGACUACGAGGAGCUGGAACAGACGAUCUACACGCAACGACACGCCCGCAAUGCCCGCGACUCUUCGAAUGUGCUGCCGAAUCAGGGCGUCGACGACGUGAACAGUGAGUUUUUGGGCCGAGAAUUUGAAAGUGUUAUCCAAAAACACCGGUAGGAUACAUUCGGGAGGACAUUCUCCGAAGACAGUUCAGUAAGCACAACCUUUUUGUCCGUCGUGAUCGUUUUCGUUCGUCCAGUACGAGAAAUUUGAGUUUCAAUGGGAAUUUCUAUCGUUUUGUGCGGGGCUGGACUUUUGAUCCACUUGCAAUGAUCCGAUCGGAACCAAACUUUGAAGACUUCUUGAGAAUGGAUUGGAGUAUACUGGGACCAAGUUUCAGCCCGAUCGGGUCAUCCGGUCCCGAGAUGUGUGGACCAUUGGCCGAAAGCCCGGGCUUUUCGGCCAAAAUCGGCCCUCUUGCACUAACUCGUCAGUUGGUUAUUCGAUCAGGCUGAAACUUGGACCCGGUAUACUCAAAUCGAAUCCCAAGAAGCCUGCAAAGUUUGGGUCCGAUCGGAUCAUUGCAAGUGGGUCAAAAAUCGAAGAAAAGGGCCGACCAAUUGCCCAGCCCUGGUUUUGUGAUUGAUUUCUGAGUUUUGUCGUGAUGGGGCCAAAACCUUGAUUAUUUUUAAUUUUGCAGAGGAUGCGGCCAAACAACUCGCGGAUAUGAAGCUGAAAAUGCAGGAUUUGGAACGAGAGAACACCAAUCAGCAGGGAAAUGUGAGGAAACAUGCAUUUUUCAAAAACCCUCAUACUUUUCCUCAAUUCUUCUAAACAAUUGUUUGGUUCAGGUGAUCCGAAUGGAAGGCCAAAUGAAGCGGUACAAAUCGAACGCGGAGGCGGCCGAAAAAGAGCUCGACGAGUUGAAAACUCAAAUGCGUCAAACCAAAAAAGAGGUAUGUUUCCUGAAGAAUCUGAAAAAGCGUAAUUCUGUCUGUUCUUCAGUUGCGCGACAAGGAAAACGCGUUGGACGAGCAGAAAGAGACGAAUAAGCACCUGCAGAGCCGUCUCGAGAAGAUGAGAAUGCAAAGAACCGGCCGUCCGCUAUAA